CCUGGGAGCCGGGCGCUGACCCUCGCCGACAUGGAGGUGGCCCUGCGAGGCGUGCGGAAGAUCCUCUGCGUGGCCGAGAAGAACGACGCGGCCAAGGGCAUCGCGGACCUGUUGUCCGGCGGCCGCAUGCGGCGGCGUUGGUGUGAAACUCACAUGCAUAGCUACUUUUAACACCUUUGUAGAAGGUGGGAUCUUCUCUGAGACGGUUUCGUUCACACAUAAGUGCAGCUGAGGAGGAGCUGUGUGGGCUGGUUCCCAGGCCUGACUGCGGCUCAUAGCGUUACUGGAUUUCAGAGCCAGAAGGACCUCACAGAGAGAAGGACUUUCCAGAUUCAACAAGAUCUAUGAAUUUGAUUAUCGUCUGCGUGGCCAGAACGUCACCAUGAUAAUGACUUCAGUCUCGGGACACUUGCUGGCUCAUGAUUUCCAGAUGCAGUUUCGCAAGUGGCAGAGCUGCAAUCCUCUUGUCCUCUUUGAAGCAGAAAUUGAAAAGUACUGCCCAGAGAAUUUUUUAGACAUCAAGAAAACUCUGGAGCGAGAGGCUCGGCAGUGCCAGGUGCUGGUGAUCUGGACCGACUGCGACAGAGAAGGUGAAAACAUCGGGUUUGAGAUCAUCCACGUGUGCAAGGCUGUGAAGCCCAGCCUGCAGGUGCUGCGAGCCCGUUUCUCCGAGAUCACCGCCCGCGCUGUCCAGGCGGCCUGUGAAAACCUGAUGGAGCCCGACCGCAGAGUGAGCGACGCCGUGGACGUGAGACAGGAGCUGGACCUGCGGAUUGGGGCUGCCUUCACCAGGUUCCAGACCCUGCGGCUGCAGAAGAUCUUCCCUGAGGUGUUGGCGGAGCAGCUGAUCAGUUAUGGCAGCUGCCAGUUCCCCACCCUGGGGUUCGUGGUGGAGAGGUUCAAAGCCAUUCAGGCAUUUGUGCCAGAAACCUUCCACAGAAUCAGAGUGACUCACGACCACAGGGAUGGCGCAGUGGAGUUCAGCUGGAAAAGGCAUCGGCUUUUCAACCACACGGCUUGUCUCGUCCUCUAUCAGCUGUGCAUGGAGGAUCCCAGGGCGACCGUGGUGGAGGUCAGGUCCAAGGCAAAAAGCAAGUGGAGGCCUCAAGCUUUGGACACUGUGGAGCUUGAGAAGCUGGCUUCUCGAAAGUUGAGGAUAAAUGCUAAAGAAACCAUGAGGAUUGCUGAAAAGCUCUACACUCAAGGGUACAUCAGCUAUCCCCGAACUGAAACAAACAUUUUCCCCAAAGACUUAGACCUGACGGCGCUGGUGGAGGAACAGACCCACGAUCCACGCUGGGGGCCCUUUGCCCAGAGCAUUCUAGAGCGGGGCGGCCCCACUCCACGCAACGGGAACAAGUCUGACCAAGCUCACCCUCCCAUCCACCCCACCAAGUACACGGACAGCCUGCAGGGGGACGAGCAGCGACUGUACGAGCUCAUCGUCCGCCACUUCCUGGCCUGCUGCUCCCAGGAUGCCCAGGGCCAGGAGACCACCGUGGAGAUUGACAUCGCACAGGAGCGCUUCGUGGCCCACGGCCUCGUAAUCCUGGCCCGAAACUAUCUGGACGUGUAUCCCUACGAUCGCUGGAGUGAAAAGACCCUCCCUGUCUACAGUCGAGGCUCCUGCUUUCAGCCCAGCACCGUGGAGAUGGUGGACGGGGAGACCAGUCCACCCCAGCUGCUCAGUGAGGCCGACCUUAUCGCCCUCAUGGAGAAGCACGGCAUCGGUACCGACGCGACGCACGCGGAGCACAUCGAGACCAUCAAGGCCCGAAUGUACGUCGGGCUCACGCCAGACAAGCGCUUUCUCCCCGGGCACCUGGGCAUGGGGCUUGUGGAAGGCUAUGACUCCAUGGGCUACGAGAUGUCCAAGCCUGACCUGCGGGCCGAGCUGGAGGCUGACCUGAAGCUCAUCUGCGAGGGGAAGAAGGACAAGCUCGUGGUCCUGCAGCAGCAGGUGCAGAAGUACAAGCAGGUCUUCAUCGAAGCCAUGGCCAAAGCCCAGAGGUUGGACGAGGCCUUGUCGCAGUACUUUGGGGCAGGGGUGGAGCUGGCCCAGCAAGAAGCCAUCUUCCCAGCUGUGCCAGAGCCCGUCAGGAAGUGCCCACAGUGCGGCAAGGACAUGGUCCUCAAGACCAGGAAGAGCGGCGGGUUCUACCUCAGCUGCACGGGGUUCCCGGAAUGUCGCUCGGCCGUGUGGUUCCCGGACAGUGUGCUGGAGGCCAGCAGGGACGGGAGCGUGUGUCCAGUGUGUCAGCCACACCCCGUUUACAGGUUGAAGUUCAAGUUUAAGCGAGGCAGCCUUCCCCCAACCAUGCCACUGGAAUUUGUCGGCUGCGUUGGUGGCUGUGACGAGACCCUGAGGGAGAUCUUGGACCUCAGGUUUUCACGGGGGCCCACCCGAGCUGGCCAGCCGGUCAGCCAGCCCUCCGGCCACCUGCAGGCCAGCCAGCCCCUGGACAGAAUGGGCAGCAGCCAGCACGGCCACCCCCAGCCUCCUGCCAUCAGGCCCUCGAAUGCUCUGGCCAGGACUGCGCCCCUGCCCGCCGCCGAGGGCGAAGGCAACUCGGUGACCUGCAACUGUGGCCGGGAGGCCCUGCUGCUCACCGUCCGGAAGGAGGGGCCCAACCAGGGCCGCCAGUUCUACAAGUGCAGCGGCGGCGGCUGCAACUUCUUCCUCUGGGCCGACAGCGGCCACCCAGAAGCAGGGGGGCCUCCCUCCGAGGUGCCCAGACCCCCGGGCGGCUCACUGGGACGCCCGCCGGGCUCAGGGAAGCCCCUGGGCGGGCCCGGAAGCCCCGGCGAUGGUGGCGGCGGCGCACGCUGCCUGUGCAGCCAGCCCGCUGUCACGCGCACUGUGCAGAAGGACGGGCCCAACAAGGGGCGCCAGUUCCACACGUGCGCCAAGCCCCGGGAGCAGCAGUGCGGCUUCUUCCAGUGGGUGGACGAGAACGUGGCCCCAGGGACCUUUGGAGGCCCCCCCUGGGCAGGAGCCAGAGGAGGAAGCCGGGAGCCGGAGGCCAGAAGCAAAAGGGCCCAGGCUGGUUCCUCGGACGCCGGGUCCGCGGCCAAGAAACCCCGGAAGUGCAGCCUUUGCCACCAGCCUGGACACACCCGUCCCUUCUGUCCUCAGAACAGAUGAGGGCAGGGUAGGGCCAAGGGGGCCACUGCCUCCACCUGCUGCUUUUGUCUCGGGAAACGAGCCGUUUCUCCAGGGCCAGGUGGCCCUGCGCUGCCAGGGCGGCUUUGAGGAAAGUGGCUGCUCUUGGAGUGUGACCUGUGUUCUAAGGAGUCCGGGUCCAGACCGCUCUCUCAAGAAGGCCACGCCUGGUGGACAGCGGCCCUGUGUCUGGGGCUCAGGAACGGCCAUGGCCACAGCUGAGACGCCAUGGAGGCUGCCCCCUGCGAUCCACGGGGGCCGUGCUGUCGGCGCCCUAGCGGGAAUCAGCCCGGCCCUUGAGGGGCCUCCCUCCACAGACGUCCUGAGAACGGGUAGGACGGCAGGGAUCCCCUGUUCAGAAGUUGUGUCUACAGAAGGGUUAUCCCUCUUUCUCGAAGCUGCUGUGGCCAGGACGCCCCACAGCUCAUGUGCCUCAAUAAAGGAUUCUACCCCUUGACCCUGGCGGGUGAUGGUGUAGCGUCUGGUGAGAGUUGGCAGGAGUGACGGGCACUUGCAGGACCCCGGGCAGUGCCUGGGUCCUCUUGCCAUCCUCUGGCCCCAGUGGCCUCCCCCGGCCGCACCGCUGUCCUCUGGGGCAGAGAAGAGCCGCCGGUGCAAGACUCCGACGCUUCCCGUCUCCACACCCUGCAGAGGUCUCGGUGCGCCUCGCCCGCCUCCCGAGAGCCUUGGGAGCCGAGCAGAAGCAGGUCGGCUUCGCUCCGUGGUUUCGACAGAGAGCUGGAGGACAGGCUGCCGGCGUCACCCUGCUAGUGGAGAAAUGAACUGUCCUCAGGUCUUGGGACUCCCAGCCCCAAACCCUUCACUCAGACCAGUCCUUGUGCCCUGGCGGGGGGCGGGGUGCCCGCAGUCGCCCCUGGGGCGUCCGGGCGGUGGGUGUGGUCGGCCCGCAGCCCAGUCGACUUUGUGGUUUUACGCGUGCCGGCCAUUUCACAGACGGAACCGUGCGGCCCAUGGGCCGUGUGUCUGCUUUUCUCUGAGUGGCGUGUCUUCCAGGGUCGCCCCUGUGGUUGCGUGUCGGUGUUCUGUGCCUUUUUACAGCUGAACUAGUCCGCUGUGUGCAUGGGCCCCGUUGUGAGCAGUGUGGCUGUGAACCUUCACGUACAAGUAUUUGAACGCCUGUUCUAUAUUCUUUUCAGAUCUACACCUAGGAGUGGAGUGCUGGGUCGUGAAAUUCUGUGUUUAAUUUUUUGAAGAACCACAACAGCUGCACCAUUUUACAUUCUCACCAGCAAUGUACGAGGGUUCCUAUUUCUCCGCAUCCUUGCUAGUGCUUAUUUCCCCCUUUUUCUUUUUUUUUUUAUAAAUUUGUUUAUUUUAUUUUUGGCUGCGUUGGGUCUUUGUUGCUGUGCGCGGGCUUUUUCUAGCUGCGGCGAGCGGGGGCUACUCUUUGUUGCGGUGCGCGGGCUUCUCCUCGUGGUGGCUUCUCUUGUUGCGGAGCACGGACUCUAGGUGUGCGGGUUCCAGUAGUUGUGGCUCGCGGGCUCCAGAGCGCAGGCUCAGUAGUUGUGGCGCACGGACUUAGUUGCUCCGCGGCAUGUGGGAUCUUCCCAGACCAGGGCUCGAACCUGUGUCCCCUGCGUUAGCAGGCAGAUUCUUAACCACUGCGCCACCAGGGAAGCCCCCCCUUUUUUUCUUUUAAUUGUGGCCAUCCUCGUGGGCCUGAGGUGGUGUCUCGUGGCUCUGACUUGCAUCUUCCUAAUGACCACUGAAGUCGAGCAUCCUUUCAGUGUUCACGUGGCCUUUCACGUAUCUUUGCAGAAAUGCCUUUGCAAGUCCUUUGCCCAUUUUUCAGUGUUUGUGCUUUUGUUGUUGAGUCGAACGAUGCUGAACGCAUCUGUGGAUUUUAGUCUUUCCGCAGGGUGCUCCUGUGCACACGAGGACCAGAGCUGCCGGGUGGGACAGGGGUCCUGCUGGCCACCUCUUGCUGUGCUCCUAGGCUGUGCCUUUGCCGAGCCUGGUGGCCUCUCUGGGGGUGAGGGUUGCCGUCGUCCUGGUCACAGUGACGGAAGCUGUGAGGGGGUUUUCCUCUCAGGACGCUGGGUGGAGGACCCACUGCCCCCGGGGUGGAUCAGCCGCCUUUCCCUCCAGGACCGCAGAUUUGGGGGUCCUAUGCCGCGUCCAGCCUGCAGGCGGGAGGGGCCGGCUCCGCAGGGGGCAGGGGUGCACCGUCCCUGCUACACCAGCAGCGUUCACGCUGGGCGGGGGUGCGGGGUCGGCCUGGAAAGCUUCGCUGUGAAGUCACACAGGCAAGUGAGCCUGAGGCCCCCGCGAGCUGAACUGCUGUCUCAGGAAACGGGCGGCAGUGCCAAGAGGACCCAGAGCAGCGUCCCGGGUGCCCCGCGCCGGCCUUCGGUGUUGUCCCCACAGCCUCAGCGUCUGUCCUCAGUAAACUAAGUGCCACCA